AUGAGAUGGGCUCCUCCUUCUCCACCACCAGAUCUUCAAUCUUCAACCUCAGUUCUCUGGCCCUUGAAGCCCCUGCCUCACACCAUUAAUCAUCCAUCACAACAACUUCCAUCAACCAAAUCUUCCGUUUCUUUUCCACAGGUCGAUGAUGAUGAUGAACAGCAACUAAUGGCGACUGGAAGCAUUAAAGAAAAUAAGGCCGCAGGGGUGAAGAGCAGUGCGGUUGUUGGUGCUGAGCAGAGGAGUUAUUUGAAUCGCAGUGCAGAAGCAAAUAAUCGCUCUCUCCCUUCCUGUUUUUCACGUCGACAAGUUAGUAUAGGAGGGCACUGGCUUGAAGAAGACAAGAUUUUCCCCUUGAAGAAGAGAAGAAUUCUGGAUAUAAUGGACUGUGUGCCAAGCAGCGGCACUGGUACAGUUUUCCAAAGAGAACUGAAGAAUGGUGGGAAUACAAGAGCAAGCGGAAAACGCACAGAAAAGAAAUGGGCUGACCAUGUUACGGAUUAUGAACAUGGUGAUGAUCUUGAAUGGAUUGGAGGGGCAAACGGAACCAGAAUAUUGGCAGCUGGGAACAUGAAGAGCAGUAGUACAAGAGGCAGCAGCCAGAGGUGUCGGCGCGAAAACGGGCACGGAUGGAGGUGUCCUCAGCCAAGUCUUGCCGGUUAUUAUGUGUGCGAGCAUCACUGGGAAUUAAACAAGAGUAGGGAAACCAAGAAGAAGAAGAAGAAGAAGAAGAAGGAGAAGAUUAUUGCACGUAAAUUUGCUGAUCAUCAUGAUCAGCCCACAUAUGCAAACAAAUUCACUGUGUUGUUUAGGGGUACAAGAUCUUGUUCUUCAGAUACUGAAGACUCUGACGAUGAUCAUGUUCUCCCAAAGAAGAGGAUUGGAGUUGUCAAGGAUCGAUCAAUCAGUAGUUUGCUUAGUAGUUGA